AUAACACUGCAUACAUAUUUUCUGUUAAUAUUUUGGUUACUUCUCCACUAAGUUUCAAGCAAUCACAAGCAAACCUACAAAGAAUAUCUUUAUGGCGCUGUCAUAUCGAAGAAAUCCUCAUCUCAACCACAGAGGACUAAAGGUUAAAUUUCAGAAUACAUACGUGCACCCUGUGAUGGGAAACGAGUCUAACAAAGCCCGGACAUCGAUUAGUUACGUCUCACGCGAUUGGUAGAAAUUACUAGAAUGAGAAACAAUCAUCCAAUCAGAUCGCUCAAAUUUGAAAGAAACCUGGAUUCUGAUUGGGCAGAGGAUAGGAGCUCAGCCAACCAGGGGCUUCUGGACAUCGUCAGUGGGAAAAAUGAAAACAAACUUCCGAGGAAGAGCCAAGAAAAUGACGAUUAUUAAAUAAAUUACGAUGCAGCCAUUGCUUUUAUGUAAAAAAAUAUGACAGAAAUAGGAAACUCCAUAGAGGCGUACGAUGUCUGCGAGCAGCUUGGGAAAGGUGGAUUUGCAGUUGUUUACAGAGCAAGAUGUCGGAAUACUGGUCGGGAGGUUGCCAUAAAAAAAAUAGACAAGGGCAAAAUUGCUGCAGGUGGUCUCAUCAACCGGGUUCGUCAAGAAGUAACAAUCCACUCUCAGUUAAGCCAUCCAACAAUUUUGAAACUGUAUGCAUUCUUCGAAGAUCAGUUCUUCGUUUAUCUUGCAUUAGAGCUUUGCCAUAAGGGAGAACUUCAGAAGUAUAUCAGGAGCCUGGGGAGGGUUCUCACAGAAGAUGAAGUGAGAGAAUACUUGAGGCAGAUAGUGUCAGGGAUGCUGUAUCUUCACUCUCAUUCUAUAAUGCAUCGGGACUUAACUUUAUCAAACUUAUUGCUUGACAGUCAAGGAAGAAUUAAAAUAGCAGAUUUUGGUUUGGCCACACAAUUACAGCGGCCGGAUGAUCGUCACACAACAAUGUGUGGCACUCCAAAUUAUAUAAGCCCAGAGGUAGCAACUCGCAGUUCCCAUGGCCUUGAGAGUGAUGUGUGGAGUCUUGGGUGCAUGCUGUUUAUCAUGCUUGUUGGUCAUCCACCCUUUGAUGGUCGUGGUGUGAAAGAAUCUAUUUUUACCCGAGUUGUGAUUGGGGACUAUAAGAUCCCAAGCUAUGUCUCUGCAAAUGCUCGCUCAUUAAUAUCAGAGUGCCUCCAGAAGAACCCCAGAGAGAGGAUAAAACUGCAAACAAUACCCCAGCAUCCUUUUAUGUUGGCUGGAACAAAAGACGAUAUACCGAGGAUGUCAGACAGUGGCUUAUAUACCAUGAGCACAGUCACCAGUACCAACCACACUCGAUUACCUCUUACUGUCAUCACAGAAAGUAAUGUCUCGGAGAGUGAAAGUAAAAGAGAUACGGAUAAUCAUUCUGCUAAAUUGCACAGUGAACCACCCAGAAGACAUCCUGCAUCCCCACCUGUAAAAAUUAAAUCAAGCCCCCGAGAUUUGCUUCCACCUAAUGCAGGGGUAAUUGAUUCCUUGAAAAGAAAAUUCACUCCCCUUCCUUCUUUGAAGCGAGGUGAAGAUUUUGCUUUUUCUGCACCAUCUGUUCUCCCUUUCACAAAGAGAGAGCGUGAUAUAUCUGAGGAACGAAGAAAGCAGUUACCAAAUCACCGUAGGGAAAACUCGACUCUAUCUAGUGAAGAUAGGAGUGAUUCCUCAGUUUACACAUCAUCUUGUGUGAGUGAUGAUAGAUAUCAAAGAAGAGGGUUACAGAGGGGAAUUAGUGAGCAGAAUUUAAGACAGAAUAAUACCAGUGAAAAGAGCAGCAACACUUUAAGACGUCAUCGUAGCCUAGAAAGAAACAGUCACUUAAGCAGUGAGAGCAUUAGAAGCCAGGAGUAUAAUCAAGGCUAUCAAAAGCAGGGUACAAGAGCAUCUGAAAAUGAAAGAUAUGAUACUUAUGAAAAUAGGUCAGGUGGUGGAAACUACAUGAACAAUUUCCAUCAUCAAAGUGUUGAUAGGGAAGCCUUUGGUAAUGUACUGCUGGAUGAUAAAUCAUGGGAAACACGACAGAGCAGGGAAAGAUCACGCACUAAGGAUAAAGGCAGCAGUUAUUCAGGCAGCCAUGGAAGAAGCAGAUCUGAGGGCGGCUAUGAGAAAAAUUCCAAUUGUGGGAGCUUUGAGGAGAAUUCUCAAGUGAGAUACAGGGAACUCAGAAAGGAUAAACAAAAUCCACCUCAUAAUAUAUGGAAUCCCCUGAAUGUUUAUGGUAACAAUUUGCAUGAGAGACAUAGGGAUAGACUGCGAGAACCAGAUCAUCGUAGCUAUAGGGAAGACCAUGAUGAUGAUGGAGUUCAUUCUUGCUGCCAUACAUCGCAACAUAAGUCUUGGUGUGAAAGAAGGAACAAUAGUCAUUUUGAGAAAAAAGCCUCUGUACAUGGUGUUGCUUGUAAAAAUGUUGGGGCAAAAUGUUUUGAUUCCAGUUCUGGUACUUCUGAUCAUCAGUAUGCAUCAAGAAAUUGUGUUGCAGAUAAAAGUGUGAAAAGCAUUUCUCCACAGAGAGAGGAGUGCAACAAUAAAUUUCUUUGUGAUAUUCCUCCACUGAAAUACUCACAAGAGCCAGGAGAAAAAGAAAAUUUACCUAUAUUGCCCAAAAGUCAAGGAACCCCUACAAAAAAUGUUCAUAAAGCCAAUCAAACUAUACAGCAGCAAGUUUCACCCCUUUGUUCAAAGAGAUUAAAACCCAUAAGGCAGAGCGCAAAAAAUGUAUUCAUGAAUAUCAUGGACAAUGGAGAAAUUUGUUUGGAGUUUCUCGGCAGCAAAGGAUGUAAAGAGAAAGUAGUUGAUGUGUGCAGAAUUUCUCCAGAUGGCAUGAGGAUUGUACUCUAUCAGCCUGGUAGUGGCUUAGGUUGUCAACCUGGGGAUUGUCCACCACCUUUGCCUGAAGAAGGGGCUGACUUUAUAUUUUCUUAUGAAAAUUUGCCGCAGAAACAUUGGAAAAAAUACAUAUAUGCUGCAAGGUUUGUUAAGGUUGUAAGAUCCAAGACACCAAAGAUUACGUACUAUAGUGAUCAAGCAAAGGGCAUGUUGAUGGAGAAUUCUCCAGAUCCGAAUUUUGAAGCUCUAUUUUACAGUGGACUCAAAAUGGUAAGCUGUGGAAAUGAUUUAACAGUUAGUGAUGUUACUGGAACUAAAACUGUACCUAGGUCAUCUGCUCCAAAUGGGCUCCAAGAGACUUAUCAUCCCUUAUACUUACAUUUCAAGGAGGUUCGCGAUCAUUGUCUAUACAUCGAGAGGGUUCUAACAGAAGUUAUGGAGAAGACAGGCUUGAACUGUUUUCCUGUAAUAAUGGGGCGUAAACCUCCUGGCAUAAUAACCCCUCCUACAUCUGCCCGAGGGAACUCUCAACCAGGUGAUGACAAGGAAAACAUUCCUCUUUCCAUGCAGUCAUUUCAGUCUCCUGCAAGGGCUGUGGAACAGAUUGGAUCAUUUCAAGAGUCAGUUGCCAGCAUGCAGACUGGAGGAAGUUAUGCUCAGAGAGCAAAAAGUAAUGUUCCUGAAUACAAUACAAACAUUCCUCAAAAUGUACUCAAAAACCCAGGCCCUAGGGUUUUCAUUCAAGAUGUUGGCUGGGCUACUCAGGGCUCAAACGGAGAAAUAUCUGUUGAAUAUUUGGAUGGUACUCAAAUUCUUGUAAGUAGUAAUGACCCCAAGGUGAUCUUUACAGAUGAAACAAGAGUCACUAGAACAUAUUCAAGUAGUGACAAAUUACCUUUGAUUUUGCAGCAAAAAUUGGCUCAAAUGAAAAUAAUACUUGGAUCAUUGGCUUGUUCUUCACAGCCAACAGUGGCAUCUUCAUCAUCCCAUCGUGUUGGUCUUAGAUGAUUUCUUAUGAAGUUUUAAAAAAGGGAAUCAAACUGAAAUGUAGGGUGGGAUUUUCUAGGCAAUAUUUUUAAACAGAAUUGGUAAGCUGGACAAAAAGGAGUGCAUAAAACUGUAGACGCACCAUAAUGAUGAACAUUAUGGAUGAAAUCAUAUUUUAAAUUGUGUUGCUCCGUGAAAAGUUCAGUUGCAUUGUUAUAAUCCUGAAGAUCGCAGGCCUAAUUGGAUGUGAUAUAAAAUACUUUGAAAAUCAAAUGUGAAUUAAGACAAAAUAUGUUGGUCUUAAUUCUGGAAGCUUCUUAACAAAUGUGAUAGCUAAUAUACCUUGGGUUAAAUCAUAUUUUUUUGGUCUGUUUAUUACUUAUAUAUUCAAAAAUGUUACUGAGUAGUACUUUAAUUUGCCAUUUCAUCACGUUAUUCACUUCCUUUUUAUGGAAAUUACGUUUGCAUGUUGGCUGUCUAUUUUUCUUUUAUGUCUUAGACUUGCUAUUUGCUUCAUGGUAAAAGACGCAGGAGAAGGUUGGAAUGCUUGAAAUAGUAUUACCAUGUGUAUUUUAUUUGGAGAUUUUUUAGGUAACAUGUACAGCAGAUGUCAUGUAAUUUUUCUAUGAAAUCACAUGACCUUUUUAAAGUUAAUCACAGAUUACCAAAAAUUUAUGUAGUUUAGAGAUUAUCUUGAAAAAUAUUUUAAGUAUGAAACUAUUUUGUAAUUUGGUAAAUCUUGUCUUCCUUUGUUUUUAUGACUGAAAGAUUUUUAUCAAAUAUAUUUGAGAUAAUUCUGA